AUGGGUGGAGGCUGGCGAGGCGAGCGUGUGACCGUGCUAUUGGACGGAGGAGACCAGCUGGUGACCCCUGGUGACCCCUGGAUUCAACAAGACGCUCAGAUGGGACAGUUCACAUCCAGACCAGACAAGCUGAGCUCGGACGCUCGGCCCCGGGUUCGAUUCUCCAGCGAUGAGGAAGCACCUCGCAGUGACCUGCAGCGUCGGGACUCGCAGGUGGAGCUGCGGAGAGCCUCCAUCUACAGCGUCUUGGACCUGGUGCCACAGCAGGAACUUUACUCCUGCACUCUGCCGCGCCACAAGGGGGCGACAGCCCGACCGACGCUGGACGAACUCCGCAGGGAAGCAGGGGUGAUGGAGGCAGCGAACAGCCACAGUCUCUCAGUCACUGAGCAACAUGAAGGAACUCACGGCCGUCACAAAGCUCCUGGUCGAUUCGGCUGGAUGACGGGAGUCAUGUUCCGCUGCAUGCUGAACAUGUGGGGCGUCAUCCUGCUGCUCCGCCUGUCGUGGAUCACGUCUCAGGCUGGAAUCUUAUUGACCUGGUUUAUUAUCCUGCUGUCGGCGGCGGUGACCUCGGUCACGGCUCUCUCCAUCUCUGCCAUCGCCACCAACGGCAGGGCGAGCUCAGGCGGGGCCUACUUCAUGAUCUCCCGCUCUCUGGGGCCGGAGAUCGGCGGACCGGUUGGGAUGAUCUUCUCCUUCGCCAACACGCUGGCUUGUGUCCUCAGCGUUGUCGGCUUUGCAGAGGUGGUGCGUGAUCUCAUGCAGGAGUUCGGUGCCGUCAUGGUUGAUUCCAUCAACGACAUCCGUAUUGUGGGUGUGGUCACGGUGACGGUUCUUCUGCUCUUUUCAUUGGCUGGAAUGAAGUGGGCCUCCAAGGCCCAUAUUCUGCUCUUCGUCUGUGUAUAUUCCAUCUCUUUCGCCAACUACUUUGUGGGCAGCUUCAUCCCUCCCAGUCCAGAGAAACAGGCCCAGGGCAUCUUUGGUUACAGAAGUGACGUCUUUGUGUCGAACCUGAAGCCCGACUGGCGAGGAGCUGAAGGCACCUUCGUCCAGAUGUUUGCCCUUUUCUUCCCCUCCACCAUUGGCAUCCUGUGUGGAGUCAACAUCUGUGGAGACCUCAAGGACCCCGCAACUGCGAUCCCCAAAGGCUCACUCAUGGCCAUUUUCUGGACCACAAUCACCUUCUUGGCUAUUUCUGGAUCUAUUGGUUCGUGUGUCAUCCGGGAUGCGUCUGGGAAUAUCAGUGACAUCCUGACUGGGAACAUCACAGAAGGCUGCGUCGGUCUGGGGUGUGGUCUGGGCUGGAACUUCACCCAGUGCAUCGAGUCACAGUCCUGUGGCUUCGGUCUGGCCAACGAUUUAAAGGUCCCUGGCCAAGUGGUGGGUUUCUCCUACCUCAACACUGCUGGCGUCUUUGUAGCGAGCUUGUCGUCUGCUUUCGGCUUCCUCACCUCCGCUCCCAAAAUCUUUCAGUGUCUGUGCAGAGACAACCUCUACCCGUACAUUGGAUUUUUUGCAAAGGGUUAUGGGAAAAAUGACGAGCCACUCCGGGCCUAUAUCCUCUGCUACCUCAUAGCCGUGGCCUUCAUACUCAUAGGUGAGCUGAACUCCAUCGCAGCCUUGAUCUCCAACUUCUUCCUGUGUUCGUUCUGCCUCAUCAACUUCAGCUGCUUCCACGCGUCAAUCACCAACUCACCCGGCUGGAGGCCGUCGUUUCACUACUACAGUAAAUGGACGGCUCUGUUUGGAGCCGUGAUCUCCGUCUUUCUGAUGUUCCUGUUCACCUGGUGGGCGGCGCUCGUCACCUGCUGCAUGAUAUUGUUCCUGUUUGGAUACGUCAACUACAACAAGCCAAAGGUGAACUGGGGCUCGUCAGUCCAGGCAGGAAUAUACAACAUGGCCUUGUCGUACUCGAUCUCUCUGUCUGCUGUGGAGGAUCACGUCAAGAACUUCAGACCGCAGUGUCUCGUCCUGACCGGGCCCCCGAACCAGAGACCUGCGCUGGUCGACUUCGUCGGCUCCUUCACCAAGAACAUCAGCCUCAUGAUCUGCGGAGACAUCAUCAUGGAGCAGGAGAAGCAGACGAUGCCGCAGGAGGCAGCAGAGCGGUCGAUGAGGUGGAUGAACGAGAGGAAGGUGUGCUCGUUUUAUACGGCCUUCAGCGCCGACAGCCUCCGAGCUGGAGCUCGACACUUGAUGCAGGCUGCUGGUCUUGGUAAGCUCCGGCCCAACACUCUGGUCCUGGGGUUCAAGAGCAACUGGACGGACAGUUCUGCUGAAAGCAUCGACGAUUACAUCAACACCAUUUAUGACACUUUCGACUGCAACCACUGUUUGUGUAUCUUGCGGAUGAUGGACGGGCUGGAUGUCUAUGACCAGUUUGAUUUUGAAGUCAACCAAGGAUUUGAACCCGAUGAACCUGUGGGAAACAAAGACCAACAGUCUCCUGUUGGAGAAUCAAUUGACGACAUCUCCACGAGAGUGGACCACGAUCAGAUGAAGACGGCGUUUCAGAAUGAACAGGGGACGAAGACCAUCGACGUCUAUUGGAUUGCCGACGAUGGAGGUCUGACCCUGCUGGUGCCCUACCUGCUCACCAGGAGAAGACGCUGGCGCCACAGUAAGGUCAGAGUCUUCAUCGUGGGAGAGGAGCACAACAUGGAGGACGGACGCAAUCAGAUGAUCGCGCUGCUGAAGAGGUUCCGUCUGGAUUUUAGUGAUGUCAUAGUCAUAACAGACGGCGAGAAGCGUCCACAAGCCAAGAGCCUGAGUAGGUUUGAGGACAGCGUCGCCCCCUUCAGGCUCCACGACGAACAGCAGGAUGGCGUCUCAGUUCAGGAGUUCAGACAAAGAUCCCCGUGGGAAAUAUCUGACAAGGAGUUUGAGGCCUUCAAACUUAAGUCUGAGAGGAAAGUGAGGCUGAACGAAAUCAUCCGGAGGAAUUCACAUCACGCUGCUCUCGUGCUGGUGAGCCUCCCGGUGCCACAGAGCGACUGCCCCAGUGCUCUGUACAUGUCCUGGCUGGACACGCUGACCUGCGGCCUCCACUGUCCUGCAGUGUUGAUACGAGGAAACCAGCAGAGCGUUCUCACGUUCUACUGCCAGUGAACACGAUGGAAUCUCACAGGGACAGAUAGUUUGACAUGUCAAGUUAAAACAAUGGGCCGGGAACAGAAGGAAUAACCCACAGUUGCCUGAUAACUCGUUUGAGUUCAGAACAAAUGGGUGUGAAAGAUUGUGGGGUUAACAAAUAACAAUGUGUAGUGUUGUAGUCAAGACCACCUUAACCGUGACCAAGACAAGACCAAGACAAGACCAAGACCGAGACAAGACCAAUACAAGACGAAGACAAGACAAGACCAAGACGUUGAGACCAAGACAAGACCAAGACCGA